GGAUUUGAGAAGAGAAAGAUAGAGAAUCGGCCUAGGCCUUUAGAGGGAUUGGGAACGAGAAUUGAGAGGAUUGGGAGAAUAGGGUUUAGGAAAGGGGUUUCUUAAUAUUCUUCUUGGCUGCCUUUGAAUAAAACGGUAAGUACAUAUUUAUAACGAAAGACUCGAAAAACCUAAUAGAC